UGAUAAGCCUGUGCUUGUUUCCCAACUCCGAUUCCCAUUCUUGACUCAGCCCUCGAGCACUACAACCUGACCUCCAGAAUUCCAAAAUGCGAUUCCUCUGUCUUCACGGCGCUGGGACCAGCGGAGAAAUCUUCGAGAUCCAGGCUGGUGGAAUCACCUACGCCCUAGAGAAGAAGGGCCAUACUUUCAAGUUCAUCAAUGGGCGAAUGGAAACCGAGGGUGAAACCGAGAUCAAGGACGUCUUCGAUGGUCCCUUCUACAGCCAUUAUCCUCGGGACAAGCAGCCAGGGGAAGACCUGGCGCGGGCAAUCGAGUAUGUGAACCAGAUCAUCGCGCGAGAGGGGCCAUUCGAUGGCGUCAUGGGCUUCUCACAGGGAUGCGCACUCGCCAGCGCCAUGAUCAUUCAGCACGCACAAAAUCACCAGGAGCCGCUGUUCAAGCUGGCGGUGUUCAUCUGCGGCGCAAGCCCCUUCGAUCAGUCUGGGAUGGAGCUGAUCGAGCCACCCGCCGCGGGCGGGGAGUAUCCCAUCACGAUCCCCACGACGCACAUCGUCGGGAAGCAGGAUUCGCUGUAUCCGUACAGCAUGCGACUGUACGGGGUGUGCGAUCCGGCAAAGGCAGAGUUGUACGACCAUGGCUCGAGGCACUUGGUGCCCUUUGAUGUGAAAAAUACGGAGGCUAUGAUCGCGGCGGUUGAAGCGUCGAUUCGGAGGGUAAUGUUAGGAUGAUAGAUACGUCCGCUUUACAUA